AUGGAGAAGGUUUAUGCAGACCCUAACUUGGAAAUUGACAACACAGAGAGCAUCCGAGGGAAGCGGCUCUCCUCUAUUUUAAAGGCUCCACGAUAUCCUCUGGAUGAUCUGGGAAACGGGAAUGAAUUAACACAGGAUAUCAACACAGAGAAACGUAGGAGGAACUCUCGCCGUGUCAGCUUUGCCAACACCAUAAACUGCAGAGUCUUCCAGACAGAUCUUAAGAAUAACACGGCAGAAGGACAAAAUACAGAGUGUGCAGAAGAAACAGAGAAUGAUGCCUUGAAUGAAAAUGAAGAACCUGAGGCUGUUCCCUGUGAGAUCACUGGGAUGAGCACUUUGCUUCAUGCCCCUAUCCAGGCACUGGUGCAGCAGACUGAGUGUUACGAUGCAGACAAUGCCAUUCAAAGACAAAACAGGCACAACACCACCUUCAUCUUUACAGAGGAGAAUGAAAUGGAUAUGACAGCCAGUCACACUGCUGUCAUCACACGUAACCUGAAGAACAACCAGGCUGACAACACUGAGAAAAUAGAUAUCAAAUCCUUUCUGGCAGGGUUAAACUCCAGCAGUGGGAAGGCAGAAGGGAGCAAAGAAGUCCAGUUUUUCUCUGAUCCUACAAGCCAUUUGUGUCCACUCCCAGAACAGAAAGAAGAUGCAGCUACUGUAAAGAAAAUAGACUUCAAUGAGUUUUUGAUGAGCCUGAAGUCCAACGAGAAGACUCCCAGCCCUGUGGAGGGCCCUGAGAAAGAGAACGUGUUCUUUCUCCCUUCUCAAGCCCCAGAAGCUGUGGCACCAUCAUCAGUGGAAUUUGCACAUUCCCAUAAGCCACUGGACACCUGCAACGUGACCAAAGUCUUUAGAGAGGAAGAUGAUGAUGGGAUGGAAGUGACCAAAUGCCAGGGAUCUCUUGUCAAAGCCACGUUUUCUUCUCAAGCUCCACCACAGCAAGUACAGUGUGAGGAUGUCACCAAGGCCUUCGUAGAUGAUGGGAUGGAUAUGACAACCAGUCACACUGCAAAGGUAUCUUUUCCUUCCUCCAGUGUUGGGAAUCAAAGUCUAAACUUCCAGAAGGAUUUCCCAUGCACAGAGUUGGACAAUUCCACAUUAAAGAGACCAUCUCAUCAGCACUUCAUUGUUCAGCAGGACACUCAGCUUUGUACAGGCAGAAAACCACUUCAAGACAGGCUUGAUCCCACCGUGCUGCGAGCUGCUAAACAAGAGGCCAGAGCAGGGGGCACCAUCCCAGGAACUGUGUCUUCUGAGACUGUCUUCCGAGGUGAUAAAACUGUUGAUGUGUCUAAAUGUGAGGACAUGGAAAUAACUGGGAAUUACACAGAUAUCUUCUGUAGUGACAGUACCAAAGGAAUGAACAGGUCACAUCUUGGAGCUUUUGAAAAGCCAGUGAAUUCAAACACUGUGCUGGCAGAACACAGCCGUGUGGCACAUGAUGGUAGGGACACUGCAAAGAGCCUGACAGCUUUAGGUCAUGGAGCUCCUGUGUUGUAUAAAACCAGAGCACUUGAAGUGUCCUCAGGCUCGGAUGAACUGAUCAAGAAGGUGUCCCAGGAUCAUGGGAAUGCUUCAGUGAAUGCUGGCUUUGAUUCCUGUACCAAUCCAGCAUCCUGUGGGAAGACAGUGAUAUUCUCAGGAGAAGACAUGGACCUGACCAAGACCUGUGUUGUCAAGGAUGGAGGAAACGCUGUGCUCACCUGUGUCCCCUGCAAACCUCAUUUUCCUGGUAACAGAUCUACAUGUCCCAGUUCAAAUGAUGAGGAAGAAAUGGAGAUAACCAGGUGCCAUGCUGUUGUCAUUGAUGGUCACAGCAAGAAGAUAACUGCAGAAGCAAACCAAAUGCAUGGUAAAAUGAUUCCAGGAAAGAACCAGAACACAAACAUCAGUGAAGGUGCAAAUUACUCAGAUGUGGACAAGGAAAAUCGUGAGGUGAUGAGUAGCAAUGGGAAUGUUGAAAGAAGUCAGCCAUUGGAUACUAUGGAUCUUGAGAUGGUUGAGAAACAGCUUGGAAAACCAGACUUUCAAGCAAGUGGUGCAAGUUCCUGUGCAAAGACUGUGUGUCCAUUGCAGCAGCAAAAGAGAGAAGUCCCUGAGAACAGCAUCACCCAAUCCUGUGCAUUUGUGUCUUUGCAAAGUCAAAAAGUAUUGGCACAGCCUUUGGGAAAAAGCCUUCGAAAUGCUUCAGUUUCCAGCACAAGUGACAGAACAGGCACAUUUUCAGGUGAACAAAACAGCAACAUGACCAAAACUCAUCCUCCUGCUCCUGUGAAUGCAGUACAAGAACAUGGGAACAGUCAUAACCACAGUAAAGUGUUAUCCCAGCCCCUGCAGAACCAGACCUCCCAGUGCUCCACCAGUUCUGGUGCAGGGGUCAUGAGUCAGACUGCAGCAGCAGAACGUGUGGCUUUGAAAAUGAGCACCAGUAAUCAAACUGUUGCUCCUUUGGCUCCACAUGGUUCAUUCAUUCCCAGUAAUGAGCCUGCUCCCUCUGGAAUGAAAGGGAAUGAACAGCAUGGAACAGCAUUAGGACUAAACGCUAGUGACCAAAGCUCAGGCAAGCAGGGGAGAGAUUCUAGGAGAAGCUUUGCAGUUGGUAAAAGAGUUUCUUCUGAGGAGGCUUUUAAAAGCCCCCAUGGAACUGGUGGCCUGUGCUUGAGAGGUGCUGAGGAGCAGGUUGAGGCCAUUGCCUCUGAGCCACACAUGGGACAUGCCCAAGUGCCUUCGUUCUUUGAGAAGUCAGUUGUGUUUCCCUCUGGUGAGAACAUGGACUUGACAGGAAACAUCACUGCUGCUUUAUCAGCAAGAAAACCAGGACCUGGAUUCAGUGUUCAGGAUGAGAACAAACCAAUAUCCUUAAGCAAAGGAGUCACAAUGACAGUGAAUCCUCAGGAGCAGCCUGUGUGUGAUACACACUCCUUGGUAGGUGGCAAGACAACAUUAACCAUGGGUGGUUUAAAACAUCUGUCUCUUCCAGAUGAGACCAUAUUCCCAGAAGAUGCUGACAUGGACAUCACCAGGAGCCACACAGUGUCAGCAGACAACAAAAUAACUGUGCAGCUGGAAAGUUCCAAUGGUGGCACAUCCUUAAUGGCUGGAGAGAAAACCUGUGUUUUUACCUACAAUAAUGACAUGGAAAUAAGCAGACUGGCUACUGCUGCAAUUGAUAAACCUAUGGAAAAGGCUGGGUCUCUAGCAAUGUUUAACCCAGCUAAAAAGACUGGAAGGAAGAGCCUGAAAGGAACAGCAGAGGAAAAGACUGUUUUGUUCUCACUGAAUGAUGACAAUAAUGACAUGGAGAUCACAGAGAGCCAUACAGCUGCCAUAGGCCAUGAAAUGGUCUUGCAGAAUGAGGCAGGGCUUCAAUCCCUCCCUUCAGCUCAUCCCAUUAAAACUGCUGUGUUCACAAGCAGUCAGGUUGACAUGGACACUAUCAGGUCUUGCUCUGCUGAUAAAACUGUUGCAUGUGAUGAUAAACCCAAGUGGGAUAAGGUGGUUGGAGACCAAGUGCUUUCAGAUGGUGAAGCUACCGUGUUUGCUCUGGAUGAUAUGGACGUCACUAGAACCCAUCAUGUAGCUUUGGAAGAGGAUCCCCUGCCAGGUAGGCAGCUCCAUGGGGCUGGUCCUGUGACUCCCACAGCAAUGUUCACAAGUAGCCAGGCUGAGAUGGAAAUAACUGAGUCUCACCCUGUUGAUCUAAAUGUUGGAAGAGGCUUUUGUGAAGCCCAAGAGCUCAGACAGGAGGUUGGGGUAGGCUCCAAAACUGUCAUCUUCUCUUUGGCUGAGGACAUGGAGUUUACCAAAGCUCAGACAGCAGUGAUGCAUGGUGAGAUGGUGCUGUGCAGAGAGUCCAUCCCAGCCAGGGCUGCAGCUCCUGCUGAUAAAACCAUCGUGUUCACCCGCAACCAAGAUGAGAUGGAAAUUACUGCAUCCCACACUGUUGCUGUUAAUAACAAUAUCAGUGGAUUGGAGCAGGAGGCAUCACAGAAGAGCGCUCAGCAAGCAGACUUGCACUGUGGCUUGUCUUCUUGCAGAGGUGAAACAGAUUCCUCACAUCCAGGAGAGCUGAAUGGUGAGUGUCAUCCAAAACCUAAGGAUGAGCCCAGCAUUUCCUCUUCUGCCCCAUCAGCCUCAGUGUUCCCUAACAACAAAGGAGCUAUCCCAGUCCCCAGUGGCACAGCACCAAAUCCCCUGUGUUCUGUCUCACCUCCAGAAGAGACCAUGGAUGUGGGGGCACCACAGGAUGUGGACCUUCCCAUGGAUAAUUCAGUCCCUGUGAGCAGGGAGCAGGAUCUCAUUCCACCAGAAACCCUGAGCUCAAAGGGAGGAUCUUCCAGACUUCCAAGUAAGAGUCCCAUGGACUGUGGGGUAGGAAGUGGUGAUCUGGCAUCCCAUGGUUCACUUCCCAAUCCAGCAGUGAGGGGUUCUCCAGAUGCAAAGGGAAACCAAGGACUAGAAGAGGACUCAUGCAGAGGUAAAGACUUAGCUACAGGCUUGGGCUUGGCUGGAGCAGAUCUUGUUACUGUCUCUAACAAGGAGUCAAAGGAAAACCAGGGGCUGUCAGCUGAAGGGGAGACACCACCGAAAGACUUUGACAUCAACUCUGACCAAACAAAGCCACUUGUGGUCAAUGAUGGUCCAAGAGAUCGAGCAGUCCCCACUCAUCCCUCUGACUUCUCAGGUAUCUUAAAUAUUUGUUCCAAACUGAGGAAUAUCAGAAGGAAAUCUGCAGUUUUCCCUGUUUCUGUCCAGUUGCCCAAUUCCUCAGCUCAGCCAGAGGAUGCUUUGAGGGCAGGGAAAAAUACUCUGAAUGAACCAAGUAAUACCAAAGAGCAGGAGGACACAUGCCUUGAAUCUGCUGCUGCUCCCACAGGUGCACCUUUAGGUAAGGCCUUAAAGGAUCCAUACCAGGGAAUAAAUGUCCCUCUGGGUAUCUUCCAGCCUAAGUUACCCAACAGAAGGAAGCCCUCUGUUUCUAGUAGCCAAGGCACAAAGUCCUCAGACAAAAGAGAAGCACUGGUUGCAGAAGUAACCACUGGUGAAACCCCAUGUCACAAGAAGCCUGUAUGGCAGAACUUCAGCCCCUCUCAGUUUAUAGCAGAAGAAUUUCUUCCUGUCUGCCUGGAAGAAAUGGAUUCCAAUGGAUCUGUAAGUUCUGAGCUCGUGGAAAAUAACUGCAAUGAAAUAAGCAAAGCCCCAGUCUCCCAUGAGGAAAAGAACCAAGAGACAAAACCUUGCAACACAAAAAGAGCCUUGAAACAAGAUCAGGAGCAUCCUCAAAGUCCAAAGAAGACCAAGAGGGAUGAAGACUUACUUGAUGAGACCUCUCAGCACCUGCAGGUGACUCUUGGUGCUAUGUCUCAAAGCCAAGAAGUUCCUGAAGGUGAAGAUCCUCCAAAUCUCUCAGCUAAAAGCCCUAAUUGUACCCAUGCCAGCACCAGCAGCUCUCUGGAUUCCGUUAAGGCUGACAUGGAACUAAAAAUCCAGCAAAGCAGUCACAUGGAGUCACAGCUUCUCAAUGACAGCAUCUGUGAGGAUAACUUACGGGAGAAAUUUCAGAGUGGUGUUAUCACAGUUGGGGAGUUCUUCACACUGCUUCAAGUCCACGUUCCAAUUCAGAAGCCCCGGCGGAGCCAAAUUCCAGCCAGUGUUGCAGUCAGUGCAGCUCCUACCCCACAAGACCUCAUGUACAGCCAGUAUGUGCAUCGCCCCAAGCUGCGUAUUUAUGAAGAAGAUUGCCAGGCCCUUUCUCAGCUGAUAGAGGAGUUAAAACCAUGUGCAAAUAUCCGGGAUCAGCUCCUGGUGAACGUGAAUAAGUCUUUGUGGGAAGUGAUGAGAACCUGCUCUGAUGAAGAGCUGAAGAGCUUUGGAGCAGAAAUGAACAAAAUGAAAUCCUACUUCACCAAGGAGAGCAAAAUCUUGGGUCACAACCAGAAGGUGACUUUGUACAGCAGAUUGCUGCAGAGUGCUCAGGAACAACGUGGGAAGCUCCAGUCCAGAGUAGAGCAAGUGGAUGGAUUGCUGAAGGAGGCAGAGAGCUGUCUUGUUGCUCUGGGAGGAGAUUCUGACUGGGAUGAAGGGGAAGCAGGCUGUGAUGGCAGUGAUGAAACAGCAGAAUGGAAAAACCUACAGGAAGAACUGGAAAACCUCAAGGCCCAAGAAGAACAGCUUCAAAGAGAACUGUCAGAACUGGAGACUGAGAAUGAGCAAAUGGUGGCUGAGAUGACCCAGUUAAAGAAGAAAGAAGAAAGCUGUAAGGAAAUCCUGGAGAGAUAUGACUUCACCGAGUGGCAGAUAACGGAGUGGAGUGAACAACAUGCAAUCUUUAGUUUUCUUUAUGAUGCUAUUGAACUCAUAGUGGUGUUUGGAACCCCCACAGAUGGUGAUGUUUUUAGUGAAGAUCCUUCCAGAAAGAUAGUUAGCCUGAACUUCGAAUCCUUCUUGGAUGAGGAAGAAGCACCACGUCCCUCAUGUUUAGUCCAAAGACUCAUCUUCCAGUUCAUCCAAAGUCGGGGCUGCUGGCAGGAGAAAUGUCCCACACUGUCCCACUUGCCCCAGGCUCUCCAUGACAUCUCUUUGGUGGUGAAUCGUUGCAAGAUCUUGGGAGAGGAGCUGGAAUAUCUGGAGAGAUGGGGUGGAAAGUUCAAUCUGCUGAAGACAGAGAUCAGUGACACAAAGGUGAAGCUUUUGUUCUCUGCUUCGAAAGCUUUUGCCAAGUUUGGGUUGACUCUGUCUCUAUCUGCCACCUACCCCUCUGCUCCACUGCCUUUUACUGUCCAACACCACAUUGGGAAUAUUGGGGAGGAGGAGAUUUCUGCUGUUGUCUCCAAGGUACCAGUUGGUUAUCACUAUCUGCGGAGGAUAGUCAGCUCCAUUCACCAGAGCUUGCUCCAGGACCCCAGAUGAUUCCUGCAUCCACUGGCAGGACUGAGGAAGUCAGACUGGAUAUGCUUUGAUUCCAGUGUUGGCAGUUCAAGCUGUCUCUCCCUGGAACAAGAGUGCUGUUAGCUUUACCUGCUCAGCUCUUACCUACUCCUGUUGGCAUCCAGGGUGCUUGGUGUAGGGCACAAGUUUUAUCAAAGCUGAGGACUCUAAAGAGGAGAAAGGAAUUUCUUAUGUUUUGGAUAAACCCAAUCUGCCUUUUACCUUCUUCCAGUUACCAGUGCUCUUGGUCUCCUUAUAUAGUCCAUCCUAGUAUGGAUGUUCGCCUGACAUAGGAUGUUAAUUUUGUUCUGGGUUGAUUUACAAAGCAGGUGUUUAAACCAAUUAUGAGUAUUUUCUACAUGAACAUGGCUGGAAUUCCCAUUCUCAUUCUUCACUCUGGUGUGGCCAUUCAGCAGAGCCCAUCAUGUUUGACUUCUAUUCAUUGCUUGGAUUCCCCUCCCAAAAGACAGCAACUACAGUCCUGCUUCUGAUUAACAUGUAAUAACUGACCAGGUGGCCAAAGGCAGAAAUACUCCUGGCAUGAAGACUAAAGACCCUUAGGCUUGACCAUGGACUUGGUGGUGCAACAGACUGGAAGCCACUGGUGUCCAUCCACAUCUUGGCUGCUUGUUCUUCUGACACUCUUUGUCCAGCACAGUCUGUGGAUUCCAGUACGUUGUCUGAGUUUGGAAUGUGUUCGUUUUAGUGAGGACAUGAAGCUGUUUGAGUUCAGGUAGAUCUAACACCAUGUGCAGCCUCCAAUGCUGCUGUAUAUAUUGUGUAUAUUGUGCUAAUGGAGCUGAGCCCAAGGCAGUGUAUUGAGCAGAAGUGCCUCCAGUUCUCAUCUGCCCCGUC